CUUGCAGAUUGAUUUGCUAAACUUACCAAAAUCCCAAAUUCACAUCUGAAGAAAGUAGCAGAGAUCAAGCUACCAAAGAACAGCAGAAAAUGGCAGCAACAAUGGCAACCAUGUCUAUGCUAAGCACAAACAGCAACAAGAUUCCCAUCCCAAACAAGCAAAUUCAAAAACCCUUUUCUCUACAGAACCUACCUCAAGGCCUUUCAACCGCCAAGGCCAUUUCCACUUCCACUUCAUCUAAUUCUAGUUUAGCACCCGCAGCAGCAGCCGCUCUAGCAGGAGUGGUGUUCUCGACCCUCAGUUCAUGCGAUGCAGCAUUCGCAGCUCAACAGAUAGCAGAAAUUGCAGAAGGUGACAACAGGGGACUUGCCCUUUUGCUGCCGAUUAUACCUGCAAUCGCAUGGGUCUUGUUCAACAUUCUACAGCCGGCUUUGAAUCAGAUAAACAAGAUGAGGACCAGCAAAGGGGUGAUGAUUGGAUUAGGCCUUGGGGGAUUGACAGCGGCGGGGAUGAUGGCGUCGCCGGAGGCUACGGCGGCGGAGAUGGCAACAAUUGCGGCGGAUGCUGCUGCGGCUGCCGGAACUGACAACAGGGGACAGCUUUUGUUGAUUGUGAUCACUCCGGCUCUUUUGUGGGUGCUUUACAAUAUUUUGCAGCCAGCUCUCAAUCAGCUUAACAAGAUGAGGUCUGAUUGAUUCAUGGGAGAAAGACUAUUAAUUAUUAUUAUGCAUAUAUAAAUUCUCCUCUCCCCUUUGUAUUAUUAUUUUGAAACUAAAUUGUGUAAUUCAUGAAACUUUCCUCU